UAAUAUAUAUUUUUACCUGAUACACUUAAACAUUGCUUAUUUAUGGAGGAAGUUAAUAUAAAUAAUCAACCAGAAACUUCUCAACAGAAGAAGAGGAAAAAGGGAGUGAUUAACAAAGAUGAUUAUAAAAGUGAAGUUAUAAAGAAGGCUAGAAUAUCAGGAUCAGCCUAUACAAGCUAUUCUGGUAAAUCUGUUCCUGAAAGAGCACCUGGGAAUAGUUGCAAGUGCAAACACAAGUGCUUCCAAAACAUUGACGAAGAUGAAAGGCUGAAUACUUUUAAAAAAUUCGUUGAUUUGGGGACAAAGAACGAGCAGGAUUGCUACUUACAGUCCCUUAUGGCCCUCUCUGAAAUUAAGCGACGGAGAAGACGUAAAGAAAACUCUUCAAAACCAGACAGAGCGGCUUAAUAUAAGUAUGAAAUUUCAACCUCUAAAGGAAAAAUACAGGUAUGUAAGGAAGCAUUUCUAAACAUACACUCGAUUACCAGUGAACGUGUUAGGCGAUUAGGAAAUCUGUUGAGAGGGAAAGCUUCCCUUUGACAAGCGAGGAAAAUCAACUCCAGGAAACGCUAAAGCUGAAAGCAUUAUAAACCUGGUUAAAAAACACAUCAGCUCUUUCCCGACCAAAAUUGCACACUACAGCAACACCGAACGCCAAUUUCUUAGUGCAAAACUGUCAGUUGUAGACAUGCAUAAGUUUUUUAAAGAAAAAUACCCAGAGGUCGACGUAAGUUACAAGUUUUAUCUUAAAAUUUUUAAGGAAGCUUUCUCCCUGUCAUUUGGGCGUCCUCAAGUUGAUACGUGCUGCACAUGCAAGGAACUUGAAAUGAAAAUUUAAAGUAAAAUUUUAAAUGACAUGGCCAAAAAACAGCAGCUGCAGAGAAAAUGGUGCAUUUACG